GGCAAUCUACUUGCGUCUACUGUUUAUCAGGGAUUCAAAUACAGAAAAUCAACUGCUUUAUAAUGAACAACCUUUAAACCAAAGAUGCGUCAUGAGUACUUGUGUCUUAUCUUGUUUUGCCCUUUAUAGACUUCCCUUUCAACCCUGGACUUCACAUCUGUUGCACGUUUCGUUUAGUCAAAGAGUUCAACAUGUCCGCUGUCUGGGUGCUCUUAUGUUGUCUGCUUUUCAAAGAAUCACUUGCGCUGUCAGGGAACUUUUGGCACAUCACGGACCUCCAUUGGGAUCCAACAUACAAAGUGAGCGAUAAUCCUGAGCUGGUGUGCGCAUCCAGCGGUAAUAGACCUGCAGUCAGUGCGGGUAAAUUUGGAGACUAUGUUUGUGACUCGCCAUGGGACCUCAUCAACUCCUCGGUGUAUGCAAUGAAGAAUAUUCUACCAAAUCCGGACUUCAUCGUAUGGACGGGAGAUGACACACCACAUGUACCCAAUGAGGAUCUGGGAGAAGAGGCAGUGUUGAGUAUUGUUGGCAACCUUACUCACAUCAUAAAGGCUGUGUUUCCAGGCACUAAAGUGUACUCUGCCUUGGGCAACCAUGACUACCACCCCAAGAGUCAGCUUCCUGCUGCCCCAAACCACAUGUAUAACCAAAUAGCAGACAUGUGGCAUGACUGGCUGGAGCCAUCUUCCAAAGAAGCAUUUAAAAAGGGUGGAUAUUACACAGAAAAGCUGCUGAAUCGACCCGGUUACAGGAUGCUGGUGCUUAACACUAAUCUCUACUAUGACCAGAACAAGCUAACCCAGGACUUGGACGACCCGGCAGACCAGUUUGCAUGGUCGGAUCGGGUUCUUUCAGAGGCGGCCACCAACAAAGAGAAGGUGUAUAUAAUUGGCCAUGUUCCCCCUGGUUUCUUUGAGAAGAAAAGAAGUAAGCCAUGGUUCUUAUCAAAGUUCAACCGGCGAUACAUAGAGUUAAUUGAAAAGCAUCAUUCUGUCAUAAUUGGGCAAUUCUUCGGCCAUCACCACACUGAUAGCUUCCGCAUGUUCUACAGCACAGAAGGUUCCCCUAUUAGUACAAUGUUCCUCAGCCCUGGUGUCACCCCAUGGAAAACAUCACUUCCUGGAGUUGUGGAUGGUGCCAACAACCCUGGGAUUCGGGUCUUUGAAUACGACACAGACACUCUCCUGGUUAAAGAUGUGGUGACCUAUUAUCUGAAUCUCACUCACGCUAAUGCAGCCAAAGAUCGCUGGGAGAAAGAGUAUCGUCUGACAGAGAGUUUCAGAGUACCUGACGCCUCUCCUGCAUCGAUGCAUCAAGUCCUGGAGAGCAUAGCUAGUGAUCGCUGCUACCUACAGAAGUACUAUGAUUACAACUCUGUCAGCUACGACCUGACAAACUGUAACAGUGAGUGUCGUGUGGACCAUGUGUGCGCAGCAAGAGAGGUAGACUUUGACAAGUAUGAACACUGUCUGGUAAAAGAAGGGGCAGCUUCCAUUAAUGGCGGGCUGCUGCCUGCCCUCUCUGUGGCACUAACUUUGCUGUGGGUCGGUCUGUAAUGAUCAGCACCAUCACAGAUGUUGGAAACACGUUUGAAGAUGUGUAAAAACUCUUCUGGUUUGAAUUUAUUUUAACUCUAAUUUGUCUGACAAGCUGUUUCUACAAAAAAAAGUUGAAUUCUUUGACGAAAUUUUUCUAAACUGACAAUCCUGCAACACUGAAAAAGAGACUAUUUAUAAAUAUGUUAUAAUUUUCCCAUUUCUCAACUUUAACUACCAUACACAAAAUUCCAACUGCAAUGAGGGAUGCUUUCAGCAAUGCAGGCAUCCGCAUCAUAUGAGUGUAAGAACGCAGCUGAAUCAAGAUUGUUUUCGGAUUCACAACUUAAAAUGUGUAUGUGAAAUGAAGAAACAGUCUUUGACCUUUAAACAAGCAUUCACUGCACCGUGAAGCCCAAUGUGACAUGUAAAUAACAACACAUUUGAGUAAAAGGAGAAAUCAGCCCCAAUGAAUGAAUAUUUGUUUGAAAUAACAAUAAUCAAUAAUAAUAAUAACAAUAAUCCCUGGAUGUGUUUUCACAUUUCAAAUCAUGUGACAGCUAUACGUGAACCAAGUUGUAUUUUAGAUGUAAUUAAACAGAAGGGGAAAAAAAACAACCUUUGGCUUCAGUAAUCUUUGGUGACCGCAGUUUAUUGGCACUGGUUGAACACUUCACUUACAGCUCGUUGAAAAAUUUGUAUUGUUGUAUUCUACUUGUAACUGUGACUUUCUAAUACAUAUCCAGACUUUUGAAACUGUCAGACUUUACAGUAUUUAUUUAUCCAGAGAUCACCACCUCGUGUAAUUAGGACUGUUUUAUUAGCUGAAGUGUUGUUGACAUCAGUGGUUCCACAACAAUAAAUGUGUUUCAGUCAA